AGAUCAGCGAAGAGCACGCGGAAAAAAGAAGGCGCAAAGCAAACAGACAUUCACCAUCAUCGACGACAACGAGACCACCCUCCCAUGGCCUCCUGGUUGGUAGCCGUAACAGGGAGCUGACACAGUGCCUGGCAAUUACAGUAAUACUAUACGACAACCAACAAUAAGUACUGAUAUAGGUGUGGUUACCGGUAGGUGGGAAGGAAGAAAAGGAAGAAGUCUGAAUUGAGGAUGGAGUACAACAAUUCCAAGUCUUCUCGUUCCUCCAAGACGGGCAGUCUCAGUGGGAAGAGCAAAGGGAUGUUUACAUCUUACUUCCGCAACAAGCAACGCCGGGAUGCCGAUAAGAAGGAAGAACGACGACAACUAGCCGAAGAAAAGCUGAGAGUCAUGUUGGCUCCGGUUCAAUUCAGUGAGGAGGAAGAAGAGCGAUUGCGAGAACUCAAACGGUACAAACGAUGGAAGAAGCUCCAACAAGAACAAGAAGAACGCCAACGCGAGCUCAAAUCCAAAGCUAUGCCAUCGAUCCCAGAAACUCAAAUAGUGACUCCAGUGUUACUGGAUGAUGAAAUUCUUGUUCGAAGACCAUUGCCAAGACGAAGACGCCACAGUAAAAGCAGACGACCAAUGGUCGCCACACAACGACUGGUCCAACAAACCAUGAAAGCACUUCAUCAACAUACGUGGGAACAAAGAGUGGCAGUGGUCACAUCACUGAUGGCACUGCUAUUCAUCAGCCUACACGCCGAUAUACUGGGACCCAGAGUCUUGCCCCAACAACUCUUUCUCGACAACAGUCAAGUGCCUUGGUACAUAAUUGUACUCAAAGACUGGGGCACGUUUUGUCACAUCAGUACCUGCUCACUGAUCCAUUUCGCACUCUGCGAUAUUUCACUCAUUUACGCCUUUGAGUCCAUGGAGGUGGGGAACAAGACGGGUCCCAAAGUCAAGGAAUUCUACCGAGAAAAGGUACAUGUUGUGGUUGCGGCACUCUCUGGAGGAAUUGUGGCACUCAGCAUCUGCAAGGCGCUCCUGGAGGCAUGGUUCCGCAUGUUGGGAGAAUUGCUCGAAACUGCCAUUAGUUUGGUGGGUCACGGAAAAGGAGCUUGCACUUCCCUCUAUCAUAACAUUGGAUAUGCUCCACAACAUAUUCUCAAUGGUCUCGCCAAGUUGGGACACAUUGCCAUGCGGCCGUCCGAAUGGAUCUCCUCUGUCUGUGCUGGACUCGCACGCUUAUUCACGGGGCUCUGUAUUUGGAUACUAGCUGUAGUGAUCCCCUUUGACUCCGAUGAACGACCCUUGGUGACGCGCAUGAUGGCACGAUCCCACGAGGAUCCCAAACAACAACAGCAAGAGCAAACAUCGGGGGUUCUGCAGGAACACCAGGACAACAACCAGACUUUGGGGGAGACAAUUGCUGCAUUGAAUGCGACACUGAUCAACGUUACACUCGACGACAACAAUGUGACUCUGGGCAACAUUCCAAAGGCAGAAGAGGUUAUUUACUGGCGAAACGAUGCAUUUGAGACGUGUCGGUAUCUGCUCUCGCAUUCUGCCUUUUUCCUAGUGUCACUGCUGGUCGUCAUGCAUUAUUACACCCGAGGCUAUCGACACAAGUCCAAAAAGUCAGCCUUACCCGAAACGGUGGGCAACGAUGAGGCCGCCUUUCUAGAGGAUCACAGCUCCAUUGGGACAACACCGUCGUUGGCUCGUGAUGAAACCGAACUACAGGCAAACUUGUCGUCGGACACGUCCAUGGAAACAUUGUCCACCAUUGCCGCAACCAGACCAACCUCCAUCACAAUCACAAUUGCAGCGGAUUACUAGCGAAAGCAAAGGCAGGGAUUUACGCAAGAGGACUUUCUGGGUGGGAUUAGUUUGUUCGAUGGGAAAGAGCAGUCAGAAAGUUCGUUGCGCAAUCUGAUGAAACGAAGCGGCUGUUGAAGGAUGAGAAUUUUUCUGAUCGUGAAAGUGCCUUCGGGCACUUGGAACAUAGCCAGCCAGUCACAGGCGGGUCGGAAAUUCAUUGGUUCCUAGUGAUUCAAGUGAUUCAAGUGAUUCAAACAGAUUGAUGUUUCCGGUUCAACAUGGCUUGUGUAUGAGUCCAUUGCAUAGAGUAGGCAAAGAAUCCAACACGAUGGUUGUAGGUUGUCAGUACAUCACAUGCCUUUUAUUACAAGUGACACCAUCACUCGGUCUAUAGUUGCAAAAACAUUGUCUCUAGUAGCUUUCUAUCUGCUUAGAAAUUUCU